AGCCACCUCUCCGGGGACAACGUGACAGCAGCGGGGCCCGGGGAGGGGGAGCUGGCCAAGGACCUGCUGCUCCGGGCUGAACGCUCGCCCCUGGGCCCCGCCAAAGGCAAGAAAUCAGGCCGGCGCAGGGACGGCCCCAACUGCACUGUCCGCAGGCUGAUGGUGAAGGUGCGCGACCUGGGGUUAGGCUUUGACUCGGAUGAGAUUGUGCCCUUCAAGUACUGCAGCGGGUCCUGCCACCGCAGCCGUAGCAACUAUGACCUGACGCUGGCCACCCUGCUGCAGGAGAAGGCCAUCAAGCCGGGCCCUCCGGGCCACGUGGCCAGCCAUCCCUGCUGCCGGCCCACCCGCUACGAAGCCGUCUCCUUCAUGAAUGUGCAAAACAUCUGGCAGACGGUGGAGAAGCUCUCUGCGGCUGAGUGCAAAUGCAUCGGCUGACUGGGCUGCAGGCUUGCUGCCCACUCUAAGCUCAUGGCACUGCCUGCCUGGCGCUGCCCAGACUCGGGUCCCCAUGGCACGUGGGGAUAUGCGAAGGCUGCAGUGGUGCCAAACCUCCCAGAGGAGCAGCUCAGUGGGGAGACGAGAGUUCGCCCUGCCCUGGGCGCUUGGAGAGGAGUCCUGUCUGCUGAGACCGGGCAGCAGCGGGACCCCCAGUGUGGGGCUGGUGGCAGCAGGGCGAGUCUCGUUGCUUGGGCUGAACACCGCCCUCCCUCCACAGUCACUGGCCACCUGCACCCAGGAGUUUGCCGAGCAUUGGCAGGGAGCCUGCCAGCUGGGCUCUGCUCACUGCUCUGCCAUGUUCACUCAGCAGCCUCUGAGCUGUCCGCUCCAGGCCAAACAGCCAUCCUAGUCUGCCUGGCAUGGCCUGCCCAACCCUCCCUGGAGUGCCAGCUGCAGGGCUGGCGUCCACUCCAGUCCCAGCUCAACAACGGGCUUCCGGGGCCCCCCACUGCCCAGGCUGGUGGCUGGGAACCUGAGCGCAUCUGUUGCAGAGUCUGAUGUGUGAGAACCAGGCAGCCGCUGUGCGCACUCUCCUGGCCCAGCUGCACCCCCUAGCACCAGGGGCAGAGCUGCCAGGGUAGGCCCUUGGCCGCAUGGGUUCCCUGCUUGGUCCCAAGCCCUGGGGGAUGCGUGACCCUGCAGGACACUGUCCCCUGGCUCCAGCUGGCGCUAGCCCAGCCGCAGAGUGCAUGGAGGCAGCUGGCCCCAGGGCCCGGGCUGGGGCAGUGUGAGAGGCUGUGCUGACCUCUGAGCCCCAUAAAGGGACAGACCCCUCAUUGUGCUUUGGGGUGCACCCUUCCUAGCUGCUUGUGGCCUGGUCCCUUUCCCUGGGAUUUAAACUCAGGACCCCCGCCCCACUCCCGGGGGGGAGUUUUUAGCCCCAUGUAUUUCUGGGGGAAGAGCUGCCAGUGCUGUGGGAGCGAAGGGGCGCGGGGGCCUCCCAGAUGCUCCCCACCUCCUCUCGCCUGCUGGGGGAAGCUGGAGCUGAGCAUCCAGCCCAGCAAAGGAGGUGCGGGGCGCUAGAAACCAGGCAGGCCUGGCGUCCCAUCCCGUCCCUCUGGAAAACAUCCCCGGCCCCUUGGGAGGGCAGCUGGGGGUGGGGGGCAGGGAGCUGUCCUUGGGGGCCCAUUGGGGAGCAGAGUGGCUGCAGCAGAGGAAAGUGCUGGGGGCCUGAGGGCUGCUGGCAGAGGAGCAGUUGCCAGCCCGGGGGUGCACGUGGCAGGGACCCAGCCUAGGGCAGAGGCCACAGCCACGCACGGGCACCCCCUGCUGUGGGGCUGGGCAGCCUGUGUCUGCUCCCAUGGGGAGCAAUGUCGGCUGCCCAGUGCUGGUGCCCAUGCAGGGGAGCUGGGCCGGCA